AUGGCAGCCUCCUCUCUUCCUUCCCAAUAUUCUUCCUUGAGCAAAAUCAAUGAAGAAGGGAGGGAUGAAACCGUAAAAAAGGUGGAGAGAAGCUAUGAAAGAUAUAGAGAGCUAAUCUCAACCCUUCCAAAGGAAAAAGGUUGGGUAUCUGAUUUGUGCUUGUACGAGGGCUUUUGGUACGAACGCCUGGCUGGUUUGGAAGGUAUCAUGUUUGCUCAGGAACAUUUUCAGGCUCGCCCCACCGAUGUUUUCUUGAUCUCCACACCCAAAUCUGAGCUUAGGCUUUUCAGGCAACCCCCAAUUGCCGAUGUUGAGAAUUUAUCAUCUCCUCGUCUUUUUGCGGUACACAUUCCUUACAUGUCAUUGCCAAAGUCCAUCCUCUUAAAAAGGCAUUUUUGCAAUGCUAGUAAACUUGCUCUAAAGGUCUAUCUUGGUAUGGACCCUUCUGGGACCGUGUGCUCGGUUAUUGGAAUGCUAGUCUGGAAUGUCUUCAAAGAUUUUUCUUCCUGA